AUGCCUCCCGCAAAGUCGAGAGCAAAUCAAGACGACUCCAAGUCGGACGCACCGAGUACAAAAGAGAAGAAUGGUACUGGCUCGAAAGAUAAUCACACCAACGGAGGCACAAAACUUCGCCGAGUUGCCAGUUCUGCUGGGUCAAAUUUGAAAGAGGUCGCUACCGUCAAUGGCCACUCUGCUGUUGCGACCACUCCAGCUGCAGCACAACCAGCUCCUCCUCCUCCUCCAGGGCUGGAUUGGUCUUCAUUCGACAGAGAACUCCUGCACGACUACCGCCGCGAACAUCACCUCGACACUCCGACCGCCUUCGCCCUACCCUACCACCAAAUUGUCCUCUCACGACCCGGUUCGAUAGGUCUCUACUCUCCUUCCAUGGCAAGGAAACGGCAGUACAAAAGACAGAGCAGGAAUGAACUCACACAAGUUGUGCGAAAGCACUUCAACGGCUUGGGAAUUCAGGAGAACGAGGUCGUUGUCAACUUUCUGCACAAGGUGAAAAAUCCAGGCGUCACCAGGCCUCGACGGGACAAAAAUCUGCCACAUGCAUCUCCCAUGCCUUGA